UUCCACGGCAUACUUUAACAUCUCCUUUUCCAUCUGUUCUUGUCCACAACGCUUAUAGCAUCAUUCAACAUUGUAUGGGGAUUUCAGCCCAUGCAAGAUUGUAAUAAACAUUACAACUGUGAGAAGCGGGCUUCUCUCCUAUAAUAUCAGCCACGAUGCGUUUAACUUCUUCCUUCGCCGUGGCGGCUCUUUCGCUCUCUAUUGUGGCAUCAUGCGGGGAGAGCAGGUACCUGGUAAGUGAUUGUAUGAUCAACACCGGGCAGGGUACUUUACUAACAUGAUCCAUCACCAGGGAGGUCUUGCCAGUCGUGCAACCGCUAUGAUGAACUCUAGAACACUUCCCCAUGCCGUUGCCGGCGAGAAGGUCGUGGCUAAGCGUGGAUCAAUGAGCGCGAUGAUGUCUCCCAAGAUGGUAGUUGGCGACACGGCACCUAAGAAUAUGAUGAAGCGAAAAGGAAUCAAUAUUGGUGGAGGCGGUGGCAACGGCCAGGCGGCUGGUAAUGCCAAUCAAGCAGGCACUGGAGCUUCGAAUUCCACAGCGGGCCAGGCAGCCCUUGAAGGUGUAGGAGAUGAAGAUGGAGGUGGUGGACUUACCAUCGGAGGCUUGACUCUUGGUGGGCCUGACGGUGGAAUCACGUAUAAUCCUCAAGCCCAAACCGCCGUACCGGCUACGGCUCCUGCCCCGGCUCAAGAAAACGGGGGAGGCCUGACCAGUGGCGGAAUUACUCUCGGCGGUCCUGAUGGCGGCAUCCAGGUCAACAGCGGCAACCGCCAAGGUGCUCAACAGGGUCAACCUCAAGCCACGCCCGAACAGCCAGCAGCGCCAGCUGUAGGCCAACCCGCUGCGACUCCCGCCGAGAAAGGUCAACCAGCCGCAGCUGCCGGCGAGGCCCAGAAAGAAGGAGAAAAUAAUGCCCUGAAAGACUCUGAGCAAUUCAGUGAAAAUGCUGGAAUCACCGUCACUCCAGGCGGAACUACCAACGUUGGGGGGAAUCUCGGUAUUACGAAAGGAUCCGAUGGGAGCCAGUCAGUCGGUGGAAAGAACGGCAUCAACAUCGCCGCCGCUCCUGAGGCUGGCCCGGAAGUGCCGGCGCUUCCUGCUACUCCUCCCCCAGCCCCCGCGCCUCCGGCGCAUCCGGUUGCUCCCGAAGGCCAUACUGGUACAGAGACAGCUGCUGAGGAUUAAGAAAAUGACGAUUUCUAAAAUUUGCUCCUCAAGUACUUGG